AUGACAAAGGAACAAGAGAAACAAAUAGCUGCUAGUAAAAAGAAGCAAGAUAGAAUUAAUGCGAGAAUUUCAAGAGAACAACAAGGUGCUGCCUCUUCUUCAGUUGAUAAAGCAAUAAUCAAUCCAACAACCACUGAUAGUAGUUCAAAUGAAACAAAGGUUGAACUAGUCCCUACUCCUUCAGAACCAGUGAAAUUGGAAAUUAAAUCGGAACAAGAUGCUGUAACCAAUGUUGCUAGUAAUGUUUCAACAAUUGUGGAAAAAGUGGAAGAGCAGGAAAUUAAUUCAACAAUACAGAAAUCAUCAGAGGAUAAACCAUUGGAAGGAGUUGCAGCAACUCCUGUUAGUGAUUCCGAUACAGCAAUAGCAACAACAACAAAUACUACUGUAACAUCCGAAGUUAAAGAAUCACAAACAACCACUACUUCAGAGGAAAAACAAAAAUUAACAACAUGGCAAAUGAAGGAAAAGAACAAACCACUUCCAACUGGUUUGGACUUGUCAACAAUAUUAUCAUGUGAAUAUUUGGAAACUGAAGUUAAAAUUGUAAAGGAUGGAACUAAGAAUUACGAAUUAUUGGAGACUGGAGUGAAUGAUAUGAUUGAAAAUAAGGUUGAUAGGACAAAAGCUGUGAAAUAUGUAGUUAAUAUCAAAUCCCAUCACAAUAAUUCCUUGGACAAGAAAAUUAUUUAUGAAACCAUCUCUCAGAGAAUGCCUAAUGGAUCUGUGGAGUUAAACAAUGCCACUGUGGAAUUUCAUGUCUUCCUCAUGAAGGGCAAGUGUUUAUUAGGCAUUUCUACUGAUUGUGAUAUUUUCAAUUAUAACAUUAAUGCAAUGAGACACAUGACAACACAAGAUGAAAUUUUGAAGGAGAACCAAAGAAAUGCAAGUAAACGAAAGGCUACUGAAAUGUUAACAGAAACCUCCCUUGAGGUUGCAGAUAUGAUUGAAGUGGAAAAUUCCAAGAACACCAAUGAGCCAUCCGAAAAGGAGGACGAAACAAUGGAAGAUAACAAUCCAUCAGCAUCCAAUGCUACUGAAACCGAUUCUCAAAUCAAUCCAAAGACUGAGGAAAAUGACCAGGAAAUGUAUGAAUUUUUGGAAGAACCAAUCGUAGUACCUUUGGUGGAAGCAACUGUUUCUUUACAAGUUUAUUCAAAGAGGCGAAAAAUUGAAAAUCAUCCCUCUCUUGAAUUUGACGAUAUUAAAGUUAUUUAA